AUGUUUCCUGCACAUAACUAUUCCGCAAUACGAAAGACUCGACUAAGACAUCGAACAGCGAAACGAAAGCAACGUCAACACUCAAGUAGGCCAACUCAUUGCGUAAUAAGUAAAGCGUCAUCACUCGAUUCUAUUCAUCAAAUACUAAAUGAUCUAAAACGGCCUGGCUCGCGUUUCUCAUCAUAUACAAUCACCGAACUUGAACCAAUUUGCCAGCAAAUAGCUAUGCAACAAAUGUCAACAGUAUCUUCUUCAAGUGAAUUUUGUCUAUUAACUUGUACAUUUUGUCAACAUGUGAUCUAUGAUCCAAUAACUCUCUACUGUGGCCAUACCUUUUGUGAUCGUUGUUUACAAGACGAACAGUUCUCAUCAGCAGUUAAUUGUCCGCGAUGUCCACACGAUCUUCAAGGACAAGUUCAAUCAUCUAUUCUAUACGCACGAGAAAAGUCCUUUAAGAAGAAUCGCUUUCUCCAACAAUUAUUCGAUCGAUCAGAAUCAUUCAAAAGCAAAUACGAUCUGAUCCGUCUAUGUUACAAAGGGCAAAUCGAAUAUUCCAACGAUAAUUACCAAAAAGCAAUAGAUAUUUACACACAUAUUAUUGACGAAUGUAACGAUCAUCAUUUAGCCUUAUAUUAUCGUGCAAAAGCAUACACAGCUUUGAAAGAGUUUCACCAGGCGCUUUCAGAUGCUAACCGUGUUGUGAUAUUAAAACCUCAAUGGACAAAAGGAUAUUUAUGUCAAGGAGAAAUACUGUUUCAAAUGAAAUAUUUCACUGCCGCUCUGCGCUCGUCUCUGAAAGCACUAGUCAUCGAUCCGGAAGAUUCAAUAGGAAAACGAAUCAUGGCGCAACAUCUGCAUGCUGCAUUACAUAAUGACGAUGAUGAAGAUGCUGUAUCAAUGAUGGAAGAAGAACAAGUACAAGUUAACGCAUCAUCAUCAUCAUUGCCAUAUGGUGAGCAGAGUGAAACGCCUACUUCUGGAACCGGUUCCUCGCAAGUGAUAAUGUGUAAAUCCAAACAACCAUCAAAUCUGUGUUUCUGUUCCCAAUUCGACCAUAAGAAUUUCUCUGCAAGAGAUUUUGAAUGUUCGAUCUGUGUUAAUUUACUAUGGACAUCAAUUACCACCCCUUGCGGACAUGUAUUCUGUCGCGAAUGUCUCAUUCGCUCCGUAGAUAAUACACAAGCUCAAUGUCCGAUCUGCAAAAGUUCGUUGGAGGAAUUCUUUCCCAUGUUGAUACGUUCACAUGUGAAUCAAACUGAGUUAAUUUCUAAAAUAAUUCAGACUUAUUUCCCAGCUGAAUACAAUGAACGACAACAAAUCUACGAACAAGAAAAUAUUCGAGGUGUUGCGAUUCCACGAUCAGUAAUUACCCAAACUGAAUCAAUUAUCACUGAAAUACCUAUAUUUGUUUGCGUGUUAACACUACCUUGUUGUACAUGUCCAUUACAUGUAUUUGAACCACGGUAUCGUUUGAUGAUGCGACGAACUAUCGAAACAGAAUCGCGUACAUUUGGAAUGUGCGGAUAUGAUGAACAGACAGAAACAUUUACUGAUUAUGGAACUUUGUUAUAUAUUCGAGGACUUAUUUACACACCUGAUGGUCGUUCGAUUGUUGAUACGAUUGGCCAACGUCGAUUCCGUGUACUUGAACGUGGGAUGAGAGAUGGUUAUCAUACAGCUAAAGUUGAGCUGAUACAUGACGAUCGUAUCGAACAACAAGAGUUCAAUGACUUAUUCCAACUCAACCAAGAUACAUAUAAUCGCGUUCGACAAUGGUUCGAUCAGCUGGAUGAAGAUAUGCAACAUAAGAUAUCACGACAAUUUGAAGAAUAUCCGUCGUGUGAUGAUGUAGUACAAGAUUCAGUUGAUGGACCGAGUUGGACUUGGGUUAUAUUAAACAUAUUACCGAUUGACUCAACCCUUCAGUAUACUGCAUUGACUUCCCGCUCACUACGCGUACGUUUACAAAUGAUCAAUGAUACGAUUAGUUUUCAACUUCAUCAACAACAACCAUUACAAACAAUUGAGCAAUAG